AUGGCGACCAGCAACUUCUUCCUGGCUGAGGAUGCUUUUGCCGAGGCAACGGAGCUUUGCAAGAAGCUUUGGCUUCAUCCGUACAUGGUCUCAACAAGUGCCCUGCGUGGAUCGGAGUCGCAGCUGACCCAUGCCCUGCACCUGACGCGGGCCCCCUAUGUGCAAUUCUGGAAAGAUGUCCAGGCAAGACAGAGGCAACGAGAUGCACAUGCAGAAGAUGAGGCCCCGAGGCGUCACCACGCUCAGCACUACCGCAUACACACCGACGAUGGCCAAGAGUCGCAGCAUGAUGAGAUGAAUGGGCAGCCCUCCUCAGGAGGCCCCAGUCGGGCAGGGAGAGCAUCCAGAGGCUCAAGGGAGACCAGAGAUGGCCCCUGGAGGGAAUGGAGCCACAACGAGGAGGAUUGGUGGUACUGGCCAGAAGAAUGGGAUGCUGAUGUUGGGGGGGCAGGUGAUCAAGGGAGCUGGCGCAACACACGACGCCGACCAGCCACGUCAGGCAGUGACACCCAUGAGGACGCUCCCCUUGAGCCCUCUGCAGCACACCAGCAGGACAAGCCGCGAAAAUCUCCGUCCCCCCAGGUCAGCAAGAGAUCACGCAGCACACAGGUGAGCGAUGAGUUUGUGAAGAGGCAGACCGAGGCAGCGCCGAGUCAAGCGGCCCCUCCAGAGGAGCCUUGUGCGGAUCAAAUGGCCAGGCUAAGCAAGGUCGUCGACUUGCUGGAGCAGCUCGCCCAUGCUGGCCUUCCUACGCUCAUCAACGCCUUUUACAGAUCAGGUGACUUUACCAAGCACCACGACACCUUCCAUGGUGAUCCAUCGACAGCCAGCUUUCCGCGAGUAGGGAACUGGAACUUAGCGCUGACGGGUUCCCUCCUGUGUCCACCACUACGCGCAAUCUACAAGGACGUCUCCAACUUCGGCUCCUUUAUGGAAGCGUUCACGGUGUGCAACGCAAAGAAGCAACCACGCCCACCGUGGUACCAACACUACCAGCUUCUCGUGACCCUGAUCGCAGCGAUGACUGACACAUGCACCCCGGACACGUACGACGCGCUCAAGGUGAACUCCAACCCUGCGGAAUUCAUCCAUGUCUUCCGGACCCAUGAACGGACAACCCCGGCAAAAGGUGAAGCGGGUACCGGCUUGAGUCACCUCUUACACGCUGAUCCUGCGGAAGACGCCCCACUAUCAGUCCUACCGCUCCAGACUGUGGGCACACAAGAAGCCAGCACCAUCGACCACGAGACGGAGAGCUCCUCUGAUGAUGUGCAGGUGGUCGCACUUUGGGAGCCUGCCCAGCGCACGGAGGCCCCUCGUCCCUCUCAGGCACCUACGGACCACAAACUCAUCGGUGGUCAUCAGGUGCGACAGCCGCCACAACCGCCAUCAAAAUCGACUACAGAGGAGACAGGGACCAAGCACUGGAUGCGUGCAAACGGCACCCCAGUUCGUGUGCGCGGGGAACGAGCCAAGGAGAUUUCCAAAGCCCUCACGCAGAUCCUUCGACAUGCGGCGCCCAGAAUUGGACUGCAUAUCCAAGAUGACGGCUACGUCGCUAUGGGAGACCUAUUGCAGGCCCCACGCAUCUGGAACCAAUGGAUCACAGAGGCGGAGAUCGUCGACGUAAUCCACUACAACCAGAAGAAUAGGUUCGAGAUCUCCCACCGCGACGGCGCCUACCUAGUGCGUGCCCGACAAGGCCACUCCAUCGACCACAUCCAGAACGAGCUGAUCCUCACUCGCCUCACAGUCGAUGACACCCCUGAAUUCGUUGCCCACGGGACAUACUACGACUUCUACGAGAGCAUUGUACGUUACGGACUGAUGGCCGGAGGCAGGCAAGGACAAUCCUUCCGCCGUCAUGUACAUCUGGUUGAGCAGCUCCCAGGAUCGGAUGUCGUGUCGGGCAUGCGCAGCGACUGUGAUUUGGUGCUCUGGAUUAGCGCGCAAAGUGCUGCGGUCUCUGGCAUCACCUUCUACAGGUCGGCGAAUGAUGUCAUCCUCACGGAAGCCACCAUCGACCCGGCUUUCUUCCACAGUGUUCAGAUCAUGCGGAGCCUAGAGGUGUUGACCGCCGAUGGCGGUCCACCACACCCGCAACAGGUUGCACUGGCGAUUUCACGCGCCUCCUCGCGCGACGCACAGCGCCACGGGCAAUACAUGAGGGUUGUGUGUGUGUGUGUGUGCUCAUGCCACUGUGCCCCAUCGCUUGAAAUCCCUGCAUGCCUCCAACACUCAUGCACCUGUACCGCUGCCACGCAGGACAGGCGGCUUGCCGCUGGGAAGCCGAGACGCCCCUCUGUUCAGAAUACUCUGGAGAGACUGCCGCCUGCCCAAUAG